AUGUUACAAGUGAUCUUGAAUCGCCUAAUUCGAAUCUUUGGGCGACAGACGCUGGAGAAAUGGAUACCUUUGGACCGUUUGUGUGUAACGUCGCUGACUGACCCUGAAAUUCACUUGGCAAAUGUGCCAUUGCCAGAUGUGUUAUUUGAAAGCAUUUCAGUACCAUUUUCCUUGGUAAAGUCUAACAUUUCAAGGGUCGUAGUCAAGUGUCCAUGGACGUCUUUCUUCAAAAACUUUGCAAAGGACUCGCUGAAGAUUGACGUCGAGGGCGUGGAGAUUGUGGUACGCACCAAGCAUCUCUGCGAGUUCCAGGAUGAGUUGGCGAGGUCCUCCUUCGAGAGAAAGAAGCUCAAGGACCUAGCGAAGGCGGCAAAGCCCUCGAAAAAGAAGAUCGCAAAGGUAGUAAACGCGCUAUGCGUUACAGUCAGGGAUGUAAAGCUGACUCUGGUGGACGAUGUCCUGCAUAGUGAGCCGUUUUCAAUUGUAAUACGCGCAGAUGUCGUGGAAUUGUCUGGUAUGGAUCCAGGGGAUCCCGUCCUUGAACCAAAUCAGAGAAGAGGAAUUUUGGAUUCUUUGCUCAUUGCGCUGCUUGUAAGGAGUAGAGGAGUUCAAAUGUGGCAUUUGGUCUACAAGGAUGGUGAAGAGGAGCUGGACGCGGAGUCCAGUAUGGACUCUUGGGGAACUAUAGAGAGUAAGCAGACAUCUAGGACCAGUCCAGAAAUUGAUGAGUGCGGGACCUGGAUGGAUCAAGAGGGUAAGGCUGAGCCUGUUUCAGAGGAGGAGCUGAGUAAUUACUCACAUUCAAGUGAUGAAAUGUUCGAGUCAGAUGAUGAAGGUGCUGCCAACAUUUUAAAUGUCAAAAGGAGUGCAUUCUGCCUUGGAUGUUCUGGAAUAGAUGUGGCAGACGUCACUAUAGAACAUGAGGUAAAGGAUGCAAAUUUGCGCUAUCUAUCCAUACUGAAACUACCCUAUACUGUAUACAAGGUUACUCCUAGUGCCGGUAUCACAUUUACGCUAAUGUUCAAGCAGUGGGACGUUUCUGCCCUUGCUCUGCAAAAGGAUUCUGGAAAGGACGUCUUGAGAUCAAUGGACAUUGGAAUAUGCGCAGAUUCAGACAAAUUGGGUCGAGGGACAAAUUAUGGAUACUUAUUUGAUGGGAGAAUUAGGUACGAACCCUUUGCAGUCACAAUGACCACCGCUGGGAUGGAGGUGCUCUACAAUUUUAUCAAACACAUUCAGCUCGUUUCAUUCUAUAGAGCCCUUUUGCUGGAGAACUUUAAUGCUAUGCCAAGUAUUCACGACUGUAGAAAAUAUGUAAACGUACUUGGAAAACCGCAGAUAUUGCAUGCCAUGGAUUCAGACUUUAUUGAGAAAUUUGAAAAGGCUACUCCUAUUCCCAUAGUUGUUCAGCUUCGCAACAUUUCAAAAUCAUUUGGCAAGACUGGAAACUUGCUCCAAGACAUGUGCUCCCUCUGUGAUGGCAACGCUAACCAUUUUGGCAACCAAUCUUGGUUUAGAGGAGAACGUGGACUGACUGUAACUAUUCCAAACGUUCAGCUUGAGAUGAUUUCUGCCUCACAGCUACACGAGUAUAUAGAAGGGGUGACUGUGGACAAGAAACACCUUCCAUGUGUCAUAUUCCAUACGGAUAUACUCAGAGUUGUUAGUGAAUCCAAGAUAAACAAGUGUUCAAGGACAAGGAUAAUGAUAUCGAAGCCGGUUUUAAGGUAUGCCAAGAUUAGAGCUCUUGCCGAACGGCGUAGUUUUAGCGCCAAGGUUUCUUUUAGGCACGUUUUAGAUGACCGCUUACUGGUGUACCCAGACGCGUUAUUUGAUGCGAAUGAUGAUGAGAAAGACAUGGAGCUAACUUUUGAGGGAUACGGUAAUGCGGUAAAGGCAACCUAUUUGCAAAUGCCAAAAAUGAACCUUGUGAUUAAUACCCUCUACCACUUUUAUUCAACAGUUGGUCCCGAUGCAUUCAAGGAUAUUGAAAAGGGGUACAUAAAUCUGGAUGUCCUAUACGAACGUACAGAAAGACUAGGGGUUGGGAAUGCAGAGAUUAUGGAUAAAAUUAGAGAGGGACUGAGGCGCCCAAUCAGGAGUAUAUUCAAGGGUUCAUUCAAGGACAUUUCAUUGAGACUCUAUAUUUCUACUGUAACAGGGACGAGUAAACCAGUGAUUGAUCGAGAUGCAGAGAUGAUAUACUUGGAAAAUGAUGCACUCCUUAGCCAGUGGGAUUAUUGCAAAGAUAUUGCGGAACCACUUUGUGAGGACGUCAACGAUCCAUUUACUAUAAUUUCCAUAGAUGCAAUCCCAUAUAAAGUGGAUAGUAUGGUUAUUCGGAAUUCCGCAGAGUUGGAAACAAUUAUUUCUACAUCCAUCAAAAUGAGCCCUGCAGAUCUUGUAGAGGUUUGGUAUAAAAAUACACGCGAUUUGGAUUUUAUAUUUGAAGGAUUUGACGGAGAAAUUAGAGACGUUUUGCUGAUUAAAACUAGUGGAUUCGAGAUUUUGAAGGAUGGAGGAAGGUAUCUACACCUUGCAAUGGGAGACGUGAAUGCAGCUCUUUCAAGCUCAGACGAUUUUGUUGAGGCAGAGGACCUCGAAAUAGCCAGUGUAAAGGAAAUAAAGUUUGCGCAGGAAGUAAAAACAUUUUCCCUUCAAAUUGAACAUGUCCAUCUCUCAUUUAUGCAUCAGUUGGUGGAUGCAAUGUUAAAGUCUGGAAUCUUGCUCAUGAGGGCCGAUCUCAUCAAGGUUAUAGACCGACUCAAGGAUUUUGGGUGUGUUGGAGACUCUGUAUAUGCACGUGGACAUGGCCAUGUACAAGAUGCAAUGGAGUCGGAGUGUAACGAGGGAAUCAUUAAAAUGAUGCAAAAUUAUACUCUGGAUGUAGAUGCACUCAAGGGAUCAGUCUUGACGAGUUGGCCAAAGGUUGUGGAUGAUGCGGAAAAGUUUCUAAUCAAGGUCGUCGAUACGAGAUUGGAUCUGGAGAAUUUUAGGGCAUCCAUCAAAAAUAUACAUGGAGAGUUUGGAAUGAGCCCCAAGAGCGUAAAGCUAAAGAUUGGUGGUACUACUCUUGUAAAGGAUAAAACUCAUGUACUCAUAGCAUGUUGUAUAGAUGACCUGGUACAUUGUAGAAUAACUGAAAACGAGGUAAAGGAUGGACAGGUGUUUAUAGAGUAUAUUGAAGAUGGUUCGCAGCAGGUCGCAAAUGUCAAGGUUGAGAUACAAAAUUUUCACCACCGCAUAGAUGCAGACUUUAUAGACGAAUGUAAACAGAUUGCAGAAUGCAUUGACAUGAAAUCUGGAGGGGGAAAAAGGAAUUUAUCCUUGCGCAUUUCUCUUUAUAAUUCCAGUCUGCACUAUUUUGGAGUUGGCAUAAAGUUGGAGCUAUAUGCAAUGCUGUCAUGCUUUCAACGUGCAAAAUCUUUGGAUCUCUCUCUAAAGAUUCCUAGGAUGCAUGUUUUAACCUGUGUAAACUUUGAGGAUCUUUUAUCAUUCUCCCUCAUUAACUUGGCAUUUAAAAUGGUUCCAAAGGACAAUGUAGAGCGUGCCCAUUUUUCCAUUUCUCAUUGUGCGCUUUGGGGGUUUUAUGAUGUGUAUGGACAAAAUGAGGUGGAAAGAAUGAACGGGCAAGAAGCUGUAAAUGUGCUCCUCACGUUGCUUCAAGAAGACUGGUACAGUCAACUCAUUAGGGCAAUGAUUCCUAGCAGUGAAUUGUGCUUUGGGGCUAAAAAUCAAAAAGCCUUGGUUCCAAUAUUUGUAAGCAAAGUGCCUAUGGGUGUUCGUUUGGCACCGCUCUUGAACGCCAAGUGGAUAAAGGAAUGGUUAGAUGAUGUAUCAACGGAGCCUGAACCAGAUGUUUUUGUUGCCAAUGUACUCAAGCACUUUAAUCAGUCUUUGGAUAGUCGUGACUGUGACUUUCUUUCUGCCAAUUUCAAAAUUUCUAGAAUAGACGAGUGUAAAAUUAUUACAGGUAGUGCGUCCCUAUCAAAUUGCUCCAUUCUACUACACCUGGAACCUAUAAUGUCCCUUGUUGAAGAGCUAAAGAGGUUGGAUUUCAGCGCUUUACAGAGUCGAGACAAGGGUGGACCAGCCAUUGUCACAAUUUCAGUUGGUGUAGACAUGGAUGUUUCAUUUCCCAUUACUCUAGAUUCUGCGACAAGGAUACUCAUGCCGCUAGAGAUGCUUCCAAGCGUAUCUGCUCAUAAUGAAAAGGAGAUCCGCAAUGAAAAUAUUAGGAUCCUCUGCAAAUCAACAAUUCCCAGAACAUUUUCUAGAAUUUGUUUCAAUGUUGAAUCCAGGUGCCAAAAGGUACAAGGACUUCACAUGCUGCCUGAUGAUUUAGUGGGUGUGGACAAGGAAGAUUUGGCAAUUUUGGCUGCAGCGGAGGAGCAACGAUAUGCAUUCUUGGACUAUUUUGAUGAAAUCAAAAUGGUGACCUUUUUACACUGCGAGAACCUCACCACUGUCCUAUACAGAAUACCAGCUGGAUUUACUACGCGUUCAAUGGAUGAUGGUUCCGCAAUGCAAAUUGUAUCCAUACAAUCUCCACUGGGGUCUGGAAUUCUAGAGCCCUCUAAGGACAGCUACAAUCUCUGCGCUAUAAGCCUGCAAAACAUUGUCUUGGAUUCUUGUUGUACACCAUCAAGGGAUACUCAUCUAAACUUUAGCCUGGAAUCCAUAAAAGUUGUUGAUUCAGUUGGCAAGUUUUUGAUACGCAGUAUACCAGAUAAUGCAUCACAUAAACUAAAAGCCCAAGUGUCCGCAACUCUCACUCGUAGGGGAAAUGCUAUUGCAAUCAAGUGUAAUAUUGAAAAGACAAGGACUGAAAUACAACCAGAGGGACUAGAGCCAUUUUUUGAAGUUUUAAAGGAUAUUAAACGUGUAGGAAAGGGUUCCAAAGAGUUGAGCAGAAAUGACUCGGCUCUAGAUGUACCCACGUCUACAACAACAAAGGAUGUACUCAUCCGCUUAAACCUUUACGAAAUAUGGAUACAUCCCUCAGCUUCCACAGAUACAGAGUGCAUAGAAAAGGCAAGGAGCUAUAAAUUCCUACAAUACAAGAGACCCUCAAAACAAUAUAUUGAGCCAGAUACCAUUCCUGUAAUAUUGAAAACAGCACACAGAAUUGAAAAUCCAUGCAUGGACGCUGAAGAUGACAAUGUAUUGAACAUUUUGGGGAUAAUGUCAAGUAUAACAUUUCAAAUUUGUGAUCAAAGACGAGAAGUUGAGAUGAAAUAUCUAGGGAUUUGCAUGGGACAUGCCAAGAAUAUUGGCGACGAUGUUACUAUGCUCGCGGAUGAAAAGGGGGACUUGUUUCAUAUGGACACUCUUGGACCCUCUACUAUGGAUCGCUCAGAAUUUGGACCAAGGAUGCUUCUUGAAACACACGCUGGAAUGCUCAACAUUGAUGAGGAGGCUGACAAGGUCAAUAUAUCUUCACAGUUAAACAAGAUCAAGGUACACUUGACAGUGGACAAUAUAUUCCAUUUCAUGAAUCUAAAACCGCUACUCUUUGAUCCAUACGCUAGACUUGUAAAUAUGCUCAUCCAGACAAGGAGACGAAAUGAGCCGGAUGCUGCAAGUCAAAUGCACUGCUCGGAUAGCCUAUUUGAGGAUAUCCGCCACCUCUUUUCCAAACAUGGUAUGGAAUUAGAGACAAUGUGUAAUGUACAAUAUAAUGACUACGUUUCUGUAAAUCACAACUCGGUAAAAUUUACAGAAUCUGUGCUCUCUUUAAUAGGGCCAAUAAAUCAUCUAUUUUGGAAAAAAGGUGAUAAGGAAAUUACAGUAUCGUUUAAAUCACAGGAUUCACACUUUACACUAGUUUCUGGUAUAAAUGAUCUGGUAAUUUCCCUAAAUUUGCACGAGGCCAAAUUACAAGCUAUUCAUGGAGCUCCAAGUGGAAUAUCUCACACAAUUUUGGAUUCUAGUCUUUUGUUCAAUAUAUCUCUCAUGAGUUCGAGUUUGGAGGAUACCAUGUUGCGAAACACACUUGUAACUGCACAAAUUUUGCGAAAGGGUGGAUUGAUUGAUAGACCAUCGCUUGUCACCAACUUGUGUAUAAGCGGCAUUGUUCUUGAGCUAAAUUCUAGGAUCAUUCAACUUUUCCAAUACGUUUCCUCUAUAUCAUCAAUACUUUCUGGAAAAUGUGAUCCAUCCAUAAGCAUAAACCUCUACAAUGCGCUCGGAAUUGAAAUUUGCGUACUGAGUGGAAUAUCAUCAAAUAUUUACGAUAAAGUCUUGACAAUGCCACCAGGAACAGUGACUAGCGUACCAGAUAGGGAGUUACUCAUUUUUUUGAAAAGGUCGAGCGUAGAUGCAAUUGAUGGAGCUGGAAGAGAGUGGAUAAUGGAAGAGUACAAAAAUUUGCUAUUUGGGAACAGUAACAACGUAAAGAAUCUACUUGGACUUUUCAACAACAGCGGUGACAUACAUGGUACAAACUAUGGAAUUCCUAGUUUGCCAAAGGGAUGGGACCAGUUGGAUACAUUUUUAUUCCUGGGAAAAUAUGAAAAUGCACCUCGCCUCUUAAAAUUCCCAAACACUGGCUAUGUUAUCCUAGUUGAACCGAGCAUUGACCCAUUUACGUCACAAAUCAAUGUAACGGUUUCUUCUAGUAUUUCUAUACAAAAUUCCACAAGUUUAAAUUUUAUAAUUUCACAGGACCCAAAGGUUGGCUACCUCAAAAAGUUGGCGUAUAAAAUUACCAAAAAGAAUGAACCGAGCCAACAGUACCAGUCACUUUACAUCAAUGCAUACACUAGUGCAAAUAUUCCAAUAUCGUGGUUUGGAAAUGGGAUAAUGCCAAUGAUUGCUCCAAUGUUCCCCAAUCAGUUUGAAAAUACAAAUGAGAUACCAUUUCCACAGCUCCAUUUGUUAUUGAAUAAGCAUCGUUUUGUCGAGUCUGAAUUGGAGAGUCAAAGUCUUUUUGCGCUAAAGUUUAGGGGAUAUUUAGGUUUUAAAUGUAGUCUUGCAUAUAGUGAAAUUUCUCAUGAGGAUGAUCAUGCAAUCGUAUAUUACAAAUUUGUAAUAACAAUAGAGCCCAUGAUUAAAAUUAUAAACAGUUUGCCCUUUAAUGUAGUUUUGUAUGUUUCCCUAUCAAAAAAUAUAAUGGCACAAGAAGAGGACUCUGACGACAUUUAUCAACUAAUGACAAGUUAUAGGGCUGUAAAGAAGCUCUCUAGUAGGGAAGCCUGGGGAAUACCAUUCUCUGAGCAGCGUAUAUUCCUCAGGGUAGCCAUCCAGGGAGCACCUCUGAGGAGCAUGAGUGAUGCAUUUUACCCACUCUGUACAUUUAUAUCAAACACCUUUUCUCUCAAUUUACCAAGUUUUGGAAGAACGUCUACUGUCAAACCGCUAAAGUUCUUAGCUGGUCAAUUUGAGGCUCUUGAGAAACCAUUUAUACCGGUAAUGGAUGCAGUAACAGAGUUUUUUAAAAACAAGGAAUACUUUCAAUAUAUGAAGCGCAUACAAGCAACAUUUGAGGUGUCUAGAAAUUCUAUUACAAUAAUUUGGCCAUUCUCUUUUGAAAACAUUACAAAUUCCUUCAUUGCGUUAAAUGGGUACAUUAUCCCUCCUGGUUUCAAGCUCCAUGGUAAUUUGCAGGACGCCACAAAUUCUCGUAUUCGAGCAUUUAUAAACACUAGCGAGUCAUUAUUUUUACAUACAAACCAGUCUGGACGAUUGGAUCUCACCAGUACAACGACCUUGAGAUCACCAAUUUAUCUGAAUGUACCUAUAGAGAUACUCAAACGCUAUGCGUUUUCCAACAGCAGUAUUCAAGGACCACUUGAUAUCGAACCUAUUUUGGAAAAUAUCAAAGACAAGAUACAAUAUAAAAGUCGUAUUGCUAACCCAAAGAGGAUUAGCAUGGAUGAUGUAAAUGUGGAAAACACACAAAUUGGCGCAGUUGCAUCCAAUUUCAAUAGUACAAAUUUAACAUUGGGAUGUACAGUGCGCUACUCCAGUUUCCCAUACAAUACAUGCAAAAUAGUUGUAAUAUCAAACCUCUUUACAUUUGUAAACAAGCUCCCCUUUUCAAUUUGCAUUAGAGGAGUUACGGCGGAUGGAGGUAUUGAAGAAUUUGGCAACGAUAACGAGCUGGAAGGUAUAUCAAAUUGCCUUGUAAUUACACCAGGUGAAACGUGUGAACUAAACACUCCCUGCACACAUGCGUGUGUUAUAAAGUUGGAAAAUGGAAACUAUAGCUCAAAGUUUCCCCUUAUUCCACCAAGGGUUCCUACCAACUUUCAACUAGAGCUAAACUCUGAAAAUGUUGCAUACACGACAAUGGCAUCAAGAGGUAUCCUAAUACAGGUUAAUGUCAUUUCUGGAAAAUUCGCAGAGAGCAAACUUCCAUACACUUACAAUGGUUACUAUUUUGUCCUAUCAAUACCAAACACGUCACAUUAUCAAGUCCUAAACAUUACAAGGUAUACACUGGCAUAUACAGUGCCGGAGAAUGUUAAAACUAUGGAGGCAAAAAUGGUUGAAGAACACUCGCAGGUCCAGUUUGGAGGGAAGGCUGAUUACAAGAUUGGGAUUUUACCACCAAAUUGCAUCACUCACUAUGUCCCAUCCACAUACAAGAUUACGCAACAACAUGAGAUUGCUCUAAAGGUUUUGAAUUCGGGAUCUGAUUGGACAAUACACCCAUUUUCCAUACACACAGCAUCAGUGUCUGGAUUGUGUUUUCUUCUUGAUGAAAUGAAUAGAGAAAUUUACACUGCAACAAUACUCAGACAUGAUGGUAGUAGGAUUCUUGUUAUUGUAGAAUCUAGAGACGUUGCAGCUGAGAUAAAGGCGUGCAAGGGUGCAAUUAUGCGAAAUGAAAUUCAGACGCCUUGGUCAUCCAUUACCAUAAAUGUAAAAACCCCAAGAAUUACCCUCACCCUUAAAAGAAAGAGGAGAGUUAUUAUAGCGGCACACUUUACAAAUCUCGCGGUUUCCUUUUGCCAAAGGAUUUUUGGCACAAGCGAUUCAGAGGAGGGUAGCACGGGCGCACUUUCAACGAUCCACCUCAAUCUCAUGAUAAAGGCGAUCCACAUUGACCACUUUUUACACGGUUUCAUUCCAGUCAUAUUAAAGAGUCUGGCCAAGAGACAUUCAAAGCAAGAGUCCUUUUUGGAAUGCAAAUUAGCUGGGUCCAUUUAUAGCAGGGAUACACCUUUGGUUGUAGACUCUGCAAACAUUAAAACGUCACCGCUCUCCAUCAACAUUGAAAUGCGGGUUAUAGAGCAGAUUGUCGACUAUUUGGAAAUGGUAAAGCUACAAAUCAAUACUGACGAGACUGCACGCGAAUCAUUGGUACGACCUGAGCCAAAAUGGAGUGAAAUGAAGGCUACACACCCAGUGUACAUUUUAGACUUUUGCAUUGAGCCAAUCAAUCUGGUACUCGCUAUAAGGACGUCAGAUGUAAAAUUGUCUAGGCAAACCUUGCAGCUUUUAGAUGCUUUACCAUUGGAUACACCAUCUGUAUGUGUUCACUUUGCAUCGGAAAAACGAAGUUAUUCAGUCUUUUCUCUAGGGGAACUAGCCCACUCUUUAAAACAUUCAUACCUUCGACAACUAAUUAGGCAAUCACUUCCUACAGCAUGGCUUUCCAAUUCGUUUGCUGUAAUUUAUGGAGUUGGCAAGGGACUCAUAUUUUUAGUCACUCAGCCAUUUACAUGUGCAAAACAGUUUGGUGGAAUCGUACCCAGCAUGGAGGGAUUUGUGUUUGGAAUAGGAAACGGUGUAAAAUUCCUUGUGCUCUACAUUGUAGGUGGAAUUGCCCAGAGUAUGGGCCAUGUACUCAAUGUUUUGCAAAAGAUUUUGGGUAGAAAGCGAGCACGACCACUGGGCAUCCUAGAUGCUCUUUGGCUCGGUAUAAAUGGAGUCCUACUCGACAUUUUUGUGAGACCAUGGAAAAAGAUUGUUAUAGAUUUUAAAAGAGGAAAGGGUAAUCGAGAAACAAGGGGCAAAAUUUGUCUGAAACUCGCAACAAAUCUCGUCCAAUGCAUUCUAUGUCCAGUAUUUGCAGCAGUUAACAUGCUAAUCACGGUGGCCGAGGGGCUAUCUAAUGUUUUACUUGGAGAUUUGGAGCAAUUUACACACAUUUACGAAAGCGAUCAGCUUGAAAAACCUCAAGCUUCUGGAGUGAAUUUUGGCAUUUCAAAUUUUGAUUCUGGAUCCAAAGAGGACGGCACCAGAGAAUCAAACACGUUUAUUAAGCGUAUGAAAACGGCAACUAUGCGUAAAUUUUAUUAG